AUGACGACCGUGAUCGAUGACAAGACCAAAGGCACUGCGCACGCCGAGGAUCUUUCCCAAAAUGCUCAGGCUAUGCAGGAAUUUGACUCAACUAUUCACCACCCGGAGAACUGGUGGAGUUGGCGACUUGUGGGAACCAUGAUCACCAUCGGGCUUUCAAUGGGCCUGUUCGGCUACGAUAACAGCUUUGCGGCACCACUGAUGGCAUUGCCUUUGUUUAUUACAAGAUAUCAAGGCCCAGAUCUUUCCUUCACGGCUCGCAACCUCAAUCUAAUCGUCCCUGUGCCUCUGAUUGGUGCAGCCAUCGGUGUCUUCAUUGCUUCACCGCUGAUGAAACGAAUUGGCCGGAAGAAAACUUUCCUUGCAGCAUACUUCUUGCUUUGCAUACCUGGAUCGUUUCUUCAGCUUUUUGCUCCAAACAUCGGUGCCUUGGUGGUAGGAAGAUUCUGGAACUAUCUUGGUGUCAGCGUCCUCACGACGACUGCUCCAUUGUAUCUGGCGGAGAUGGUGCCUGCCCAUUUUCGUGGUAGAGCCAUUGGGUUCUGCGUGGCCGGAGUAUCCGCCGUUGGCAUCAUCGCAACCACCCUCGUCUGGGGCACUUCCAAGAUCUUGGAUGAUCGUUCAUACAAGAUUCCCCUGGGCCUGCAAGCUGCAUUUCCUGCAGUAUUUGGUAUCAUGACUUUCUUUGUUCCCGAAUCCCCCUUCUGGCACUUACAACAUGAUCAAGCUGAAGCUGCUAGACGUACACUCAUGACCCUUCGAAACGACAACGUCGAGGUCGUGGAGGCAGAGCUCUCGCUGCUGCUGAGAUCUAUCGUUGCAGAGAGGGAAGAUCAAUCAAAAGCCCAAUUUUGGGAAAUCUUCAAGCCCAUGCACCUCAAGCGAACGUUGACGGCAGGUGCGCUGUUGUGUCUCAACCAAGUCAGCGGACUGGUCCUUGUCAGUACUUAUUCCACCGUUAUCCUUGUUCAGAGUGGGGUUGGAAAUCCAUUCCAGAUCACCAUUAUUAUUACCUGCACCCAAUUCCUCGGAACUAUGAUUGGACCGGUAUUAGUGGACAAGAUUGGUCGGAGGCCAGUUGCACUCGUUGGAUUUUCGGUCCUGUUUUUCCUCGACAUUGUGGGAGGAAGCUUAGCUACCGCCGGGUUAACUACCGAUGGUCAAAGACUCGGCCUGGCAGCUGUUUUCAUUCUCUUUGGUUUCUUUAAUUCGGCAUCUUUCCAAUCUUUGGCAUUCGUUCUUCCUACUGAGAUUCCAGCAGUGAGUCUGAGAGAACCCACCGUGGCAUGGUCGGUCUUUUGGAGCUACACCACCGCUAUUAUUACGACUUUCGCAGUACCUCAACUCACCGCACCUGAUGCAGCGAACCUGGGGGCUAAGUCCGCUUUUAUCUUCGCUGGAUGUGUUCUGAUCACGGUCAUUUGGACAUACUUCUUCAUUCCCGAAACCAGGGCUCGCACUAUGGCAGAGAUUGAUGAAAUGUAUGCCAUCAAUUUACCUAUGAGACAUUGGAAACAUUACAAGUGUGAGGUAGUGACAUCUACAGCGGCGGAAAAGAAGAAGACCGAGGAUGGAAAAGAUGUAUGA